CAGACCGGGAUUAGUCGGUUUCGGAGUGGGGCAGGGAGCCCGCGCCGUCGCGAGAGCGGAGGAGACAAAGCCGCAACCCGGGCUGGGCCGGGGACUUGGCGGCGCCCGCUUGCGGGAGCGCCCUGCGGACCCGCUUGCCGCUGCCGCCUCGCAACAGGUCCGCCGCCGGGCGGCCUUGCUCGCCUGGCCCCCUCGGCGCUCCCCGCUUCGAUGCGGUUCGGGUCCACAAUGAUGCCGAUGUUUCUUACUGUGUACCUCAGUAACAAUGAAGAGCACUUCACAGAAGUUCCCGUCACUCCAGAAACAAUAUGCAGAGAUGUGGUAGACCUGUGCAAAGAACCUGGCGAGAGCGAGUGCCAUUUGGCUGAAGUGUGGUGUGGCUCUGAACGUCCAGUUGCUGAUAAUGAGCGAAUGUUUGAUGUUCUUCAGCGAUUUGGAAGUCAGAGGAAUGAAGUUCGUUUCUUCCUUCGUCAUGAACGCCCUCCUGGCACUAGGGACACUGUGAGUGGACCAAGGUCUCAGGAUCCAAGUUUAAAAAGAAAUGGUGUGAAAGUUCCCGGUGAACAUCGAAGAAAGGAGAAUGGCAUUAAUAGUCCUAGGAUGGAUCUGACUCUUGCUGAACUUCAGGAAAUGGCAUCUCGCCAGCAGCAACAGAUUGAAGCCCAGCAACAAAUGCUGGCUACUAAGGAACAGCGUUUAAAGUUUUUAAAACAACAAGAUCAGCGUCAACAACAGCAAGCUUCUGAGCAGGAGAAGCUUCAGAGGCUAAAAGAAAUAGCUGAGAAUCAGGAAGCUAAGCUAAAAAAAGUGAGAGCACUUAAAGGCCACGUGGAACAGAAGCGGCUAAGCAAUGGGAAACUUGUGGAGGAAAUUGAACAGAUGAAUAGUUUGUUUCAGCAAAAACAGCGGGAGCUCGUUCUAGCUGUGUCAAAGGUAGAGGAACUUACAAGACAGCUAGAGAUGCUCAAGAAUGGCAGGAUCGAGGGCCACCAUGACAACCAGUCUGCCGUGGCUGAACUUGAUCGCCUCUACAAGGAGCUGCAGUUAAGAAACAAACUGAAUCAAGAACAGAAUGCCAAGCUACAGCAACAGAGGGAGUGUUUGAAUAAGCGUAAUUCAGAAGUGGCAGUCAUGGAUAAGCGUGUUAAUGAGCUGAGGGACCGGCUGUGGAAAAAGAAGGCAGCGCUACAGCAGAAAGAAAAUUUACCAGUUUCAUCUGAUGGAAAUCUUCCCCAGCAAGUGGUGUCAGCCCCGAGCCGUGUGGCCGCAGUGGGUCCCUAUAUCCAGUCAUCUACUAUGCCACGGAUGCCCUCCAGGCCUGAGCUGCUGGUGAAGCCAGCCCUGCCAGAUGGUUCCUUGGUCAUGCAGGCUUCAGAGGGGCCGAUGAAAAUACAGACACUGCCCAAUAUGAGAUCUGGGGCUGCUUCACAAACUAGAGGCCCUAAAAUUCAUCCAGUCGGCCCUGAUUGGAGUCCUUCAAAUGCAGAUCUUUUCCCAAGCCAAGGCUCUUCUUCUCUACCUCACAGCUCUGGGAAUGCUCUGGACCAAGUUGAUGAUGGCGAGGUUCCGCUGAGGGAGAAAGAAAAGAAGGUGCGUCCCUUUUCAAUGUUUGACACAGGGGAGCAGGCUGCUGCCCCACCCUCCUUCACCGCUCUGAGGAAAAACCAGAGCAGUGAAGACCUCUUGCGGGAUGCUCAGGCUGCAAAUAAAAAUGUUGCUAAAGUGCCACCUCCUGUUCCUACAAAACCAAAACAGAUUAAUUUGCCUUAUUUUGGACAAACUAAUCAAUCACCUUCAGAAAUUAAGCCAGAUGGUGGUCCUCAACAGCUGUCAGCAGCUGUCGCAUCCAUGGGAGGUAAACCUAAACCCACAGGGCAGCAGCCGAGGGUGCUGCUGUCUUCCAGUGCGCCUUCUGGUGGCCAAGACCCAGCCCUUUCUGCAGGUUCUAAGCAGGAAAGUCCACCUGCUGCUGCUGUCCGGCCCUUUACUCCUCAGCCUUCCAAAGACACCCCACUCCCACCCUUCAGAAAACCUCAGACCGUGGCAGCAAGCUCAAUAUAUUCCAUGUACACGCAGCGUCAGGCUCCAGGAAGAAACCUCCAGCAGGCUGUGCAGAGCACGUUGACCAAGACACAUGCCCGAGGGCCACACUUUCUGAGCGUCUAUGGCAAGCCUGUGAUUGCUGCUGCCCAGAAUCAACAGCAGCAGCCAGAGAACAUUUAUUCCAACAGCCAGGACAAGCCUGGGAGUCCAGACCCUGAAGGAGAGCCUGCUUCUUCAGUUCAGGAGAACCACGAAAAUGAAAGAAUUCCUCGACCACUCAGCCCAACCAAAUUACUGCCUUUCUUAUCUAAUCCUUACCGAAACCAGAGUGAUGCUGACUUAGAAGCCCUGCGAAAGAAACUGUCUAAUGCACCAAGGCCACUAAAGAAACGUAGCUCUAUAACAGAGCCAGAGGGUCCUAAUGGGCCAAAUAUUCAGAAACUUUUGUAUCAGAGGACCACCAUAGCUGCCAUGGAAACCAUCUCUGUCCCAUCAUACCCAUCAAAGCCGACUGCAGUGACUGCUAGCUCAGAAAGCCAAGUAGAAAUCCAGAAUCCAUAUGUACACGUGGAGCCGGAGAAGGAGGUGGUCUCUCUGGUUCCAGAAUCAUCGUCUCCAGAGGAUGUGGGGAGCACUAGUACAGAGAACAAUGAUAUGCCAGCUCCUUCUCCAGGCCCUGAUUAUGUGCCUGAAGGAGUCCCAGACAGCAGCCCGAAGCUCCAGAGUAACACAGAAGAACCAAAUCCAGAGGCUUCCCAUUUGCUCGAAGUGUACCUGGAAGAAUACCCCCCAUACCCACCUCCACCGUACCCAUCUGGGGAGCCUGAAGGGCCAGGAGAAGACUCCGUUAGCAUGAGCCCACCUGAAAUCACUGGGCAGGUCUCUCUGCCUCCUGGCAAAAGGACAAACUUGCGUAAAACUGGCUCAGAGCGGAUUGCUCAUGGAAUGAGGGUGAAGUUCAACCCCCUUGCUUUACUUCUCGAUUCGUCUUUGGAGGGAGAAUUUGACCUUGUACAGAGAAUUAUUUAUGAGGUUGAUGACCCAAGCUUGCCCAAUGAUGAAGGAAUCACUGCUCUUCACAAUGCUGUGUGCGCAGGCCACACAGAAAUCGUGAAGUUCCUGGUACAGUUUGGUGUGAAUGUAAAUGCUGCUGAUAGUGAUGGAUGGACUCCAUUACAUUGUGCUGCCUCGUGUAACAAUGUUCAGGUGUGUAAGUUUCUGGUGGAGUCAGGAGCAGCCGUGUUUGCCAUGACCUACAGUGACAUGCAGACUGCUGCAGAUAAGUGCGAGGAGAUGGAGGACGGCUACACUCAGUGUUCUCAGUUUCUUUAUGGGGUUCAGGAGAAAAUGGGCAUAAUGAAUAAAGGAGUCAUUUAUGCUCUUUGGGAUUAUGAACCUCAGAAUGAUGAUGAGCUGCCCAUGAAAGAAGGAGACUGCAUGACAAUCAUCCGCCGGGAAGACGAAGAUGAAAUAGAAUGGUGGUGGGCACGCCUUAAUGAUAAAGAGGGAUAUGUUCCACGCAACUUGCUGGGACUGUACCCAAGAAUUAAACCAAGACAAAGGAGCUUGGCCUGAAACUCUACAGAAUUUCAGUUAAUGAAGAAUUAAACUCUGUUAUUACUAAGAAGUAGUAUGAUUGUUUUUGGCAAAAAUUUCACAAGACUUAUUUUAAUGACAAUGAGCUUGAAAGCAAUGAAGAAUGUGCUCUGGAAGAAAAUGAAGGAUUGGUGAAUUUACUAUUAGUAGAGGACAUUGAGCACAAUGAAAUGGAUCUUAGAAGUAAGCAGACCAUACUGUGUUGGAGCAAGGGUAGCAUGUAGCACUCAGAAAGAUAUAUGGCGACAAUCCUGUUUUCUGCAAGAAAUAGGACCAUUUAUUGUGUUGUUGGGAAAUCAGCUUCAUGUCCUGCUUAGUGGGCAUUUUCAGCACCUGCUCCUAUACCAGUCCUCCUGCCAGAAAGGACCAGUGCCAUCAUCGUGCCACCUCUGACUAUCCGCCAGCACCAGCAGGCCCUCAGGGGGCUUAUGGAAAGGCUGGAAGGCACCGUACUCUUGUAUAUUGUCAGUGAAGAACUGUUAGUUGGUUGUCAGUAAGCAAUAACUUCAUUAUAUGAAUUCUUAUAGCAUCUUAUGAAUUACACAUAUAUUUGAAAUAUUGAAACUUAAGCUACACUACAGUUAAUUAGAUGUAGAAUCUUGUUUUUAGUCUGAAUUUGCAUCUAUAUUUAUUGUCUUUUUGUAUCUUGGAAAUUAAAGACUUGCUAGACUUACCUGUAAUAUUUGUCAAGAUCAUAGCUGACUUUAAAGACAAUUGCAGUAAAAUUAAACUUUUUGACUCUAA